CGAGUGAGCCGGGUUGCUCUCCCUAUUUACGGCUGGAGGGUGCAAAAGAAGAAGCGGUUCCGGAGGGCCCCAUGGUUCACGCCCGCCCCUGCCUCUCCUUUAGAGGACCGCGUCUUCUGCCCGAGCGGAGGAUGGCCGAGAAACUGGGCCCUCCGGGAGAGCUGUUCCUGCGCAAGGGCCGGGAGUCGGUGGUCUCGCUGGAGAUGGACCGGCUGGCCCCGGGCGAGGAGUCCUCGGACAGCGAAGGCGAGCAGGAAGGCGGCUCCCACCGGCUCAUCCGCAAAGUCUCCACCUCUGGACAGAUGAGGGCCAAGAAGAGUGUGAAGGAGGGGCUCUUGCUGAAGCAGACGAGCUCUUUCCAGCGGUGGAAGAGAAGGUUCUUCAAGCUGCGUGGCCGGACCCUCUACUAUGCCAAAGAUUCCAAGUCACUGAUCUUUGAUGAAGUGGACCUGUCAGAUGCCAGCGUGGCAGAAACCAGCACCAAGAACAUCAACAACAGCUUUACGGUGAUCACCCCAUUCCGAAAACUCAUCCUUUGUGCAGAGAACCGGAAGGAGAUGGAGGACUGGAUCGGGGCCCUGAAGUCUGUCCAGAAAUGGGAAAUCAAUGAGGCCUCCCAGUUCAACAUGGAGCACUUCUCUGGCAUGCACAACUGGUAUGCCUGCUCCCACGCCCGACCCACCUUCUGCAACGUCUGCCGAGAGGCCCUGCCCGGCGUCACCUCCCACGGCCUCUCCUGUGAAGUGUGUAAGUUCAAGGCCCACAAACGCUGCGCAGUGAGAGCCACCAACAGCUGCAAAUGGACCACGCUGGCCUCCAUUGGCAAUGACAUCAUUGAGGACGAAGACGGGGUGGCCAUGCCCCAUCAGUGGCUGGAGGGGAACCUUCCAGUAGGUGCCCGCUGUGCUGUGUGUGACAAGACGUCCGGCAGUGUCCGGAGGCUGCAGGACUGGCGCUGCCUCUGGUGCAAGACUGUUGUUCACAGCACUUGCAGGGACCAGCUGGGCAAGAAGUGUCCCCUGGGCCAGUACAAGGUCUCCAUCAUCCCCCCCACCGCCCUCAACAGUAUUGACUCCGAUGGAUUCUGGAAGGCCACCUGCCCCUCCAGCUGCUCCAGCCCCCUUCUGGCUUUUGUCAACUCCAAGAGUGGGGAUAACCAAGGGGUGAAAUUUCUGCGCAAGUUCAAGCAGUUCCUCAAUCCAGCCCAAGUGUUUGAUCUCAUGAAUGGUGGGCCACACCUUGGGCUGCGGCUCUUUCAAAAGUUCUCCACCUUUCGGAUCUUGGUGUGUGGCGGAGACGGCAGCGUUGGCUGGGUCCUGUCGGAAAUUGACUCGUUGGGACUGCACAAGCAGUGCCAGCUUGGCGUCCUGCCUUUGGGCACCGGGAAUGACCUGGCCCGGGUGCUGGGUUGGGGCAGCCUCUGCGAUGAUGAUACACAGUUGCUGCAGGUUCUGGAGAAGUUGGAGCGCGCCACCACAAAAAUGUUGGACCGGUGGAGUGUCCUGACCUACGAGGCCCCCAAGCAGUCGCCCCCCACCCUCGAGGAAGAUGAGAGCGAGAAUCCCACCAUCCAGGCUCAGAUCUCUCACUAUGCUGACUCAGUGGCCCUCCACCUGGCGAAGAUCCUGGAGUCUGACAAACACUCGGUGGUGAUCUCCUCGGCAAAAUUCCUGUGCGGGACAGUGAAUGACUUUGUAGCUGACGUGGGAAAAGCUUAUGGACGGGCAGCUGACAACAAGCAGGAAGCGGCCAUCAUGGCUGGAAAGUGUGCCACACUGAGUGAGAAACUGGACUCACUGGUCCGCGAGCUGAAUGAGGAGUCACAGGCCAUCAUGGUCCCGGAAGGUCACUCUGCAGCCCCCGAGGUCAAGGAGCAGAACCCCGUCCAGCCCAGCCCUCUUCCUCCUCGCAUCUUCAAGUCUAAGGAGCAGCUCAUGCUAAGAGCCAACAGCCUCAAGAAGGCGCUGCGCCAGAUCAUCGACCAGACGGAGAAGGCGGUGGACGAGCAGAACAAGCAGACCCAGACCUACCGGAGCCUCUCAGUGGCCAGUAAGAAGGACAGUGGUGAGGACUUCAACAAGGAGACGGAAGCACCAAAGUCCCGCCGUGAUACGGUCAUCUCCACCACUUCCUCUCUCUUCCUGGACCAGCCUGAGCACUUCACCCCUGCACCCUUCUCCGAGGACCCCGAUGCUGUACAAUUUUCUGAAAAGUGCGUCAUGAAUAACUACUUUGGCAUCGGCCUGGAUGCCAAGAUCUCCCUGGAAUUCAACAACAAAAGGGAUGAGCACCCAAAGAAGUGCAGCAGCCGCACCAAAAAUAUGAUGUGGUAUGGGGUCCUGGGAACGAAGGAGCUGCUGCAGCGGACCUACAAAAACCUGGAGCAGCGGGUCCAACUUGAGUGCGAUGGGGUUCCCAUUUCCUUGCCCAGCCUGCAGGGCAUUGCUGUGCUUAACAUUCCCAGCUACGCAGGCGGCAUCAACUUCUGGGGAGGCACCAAGGAAGACAGUAAUUUCGGAGCUCCCUCCUUCGACGACAAGAAACUCGAGGUGGUGGCUGUUUUCGGGAGCAUCCAGAUGGCGGUCUCUCGGGUCAUCAAUCUGCAGCACCACCGCAUCGCCCAGUGCCGGAUGGUGAAGAUCACGAUUCGGGGAGACGAAGGGGUCCCAGUGCAAGUGGACGGAGAGGCCUGGAUUCAGCCCCCAGGCAUCAUCAAGAUCCAGCACAAGAACCGUGCCCAGAUGCUGACCAGGGACAGGGCCUUUGAGAGCACCCUGAAAUCCUGGGAAGACAAGCAAAAGGGGGAGGCCUACCGAGCCCCAUCCCGGCUGCGGCUCAGCUCCCAGCAGUCCAUGGAAUACCUGAUGGAGGAGGAGGCAGCUCAGAUGCAGCAGCUGGUCCGAGCCACUGAAACCCUCAUUAGCAGAAUACGAGAGGCCGCCAAGUCCCGUAAAGGCAUGGAGCAGGAGUUGGCACAUGCCGUGAACAGCAGCUCGCUAGCCCUGAGCGAGGUCUUGGCCUGCAAAAACAGCAGUGGGGCUCCGGAGCUGAUUAGCAGGAGUACAGCUGUGGAGGUGUCCAUCAGUGUGAAGGCCUUGUGCACCGAAACCCAGGCUUUCCUGGAAGGAAAGCAGCAGCUGGAUUCUCCCCAUCAAGAGGAGGCCCUCCACCAGGCCUUGGGCACUGUCAGCCAGGAGUUGCAGAGGUUCUCUGAUGUCCACUGGAUGGCCCCCGUCUCAAGCUCAAUUGAGGAGGUCAUGGGCCAGGAGGCUCCUGGGAGCAGCAACAAGGGCAGCCUGAAGCUACGGAUUAAUCUUGCAAAGCCCAAGAAGGAAAAGCUCCAAAAGCAGAGGUCUGGCGGGGUCACCCCAGUGGACAGUUGGGGCCCUGAGGAGGUGGCCGCCUGGCUGGAGGCAUUGGAUUUAGGGGAAUACAAAGAGCUUUUUAUGCGCCAUGACAUCCAGGGCUCUGAACUGAUGCUGCUGGAGAGGAGAGACCUGAAGGAACUUGGGAUAUCAAAAGUGGGCCAUGUGAAGAGGCUCCUCCAGGGAAUUAAGGACCCUGCCGGACAGCAGUAAAAAAGGUCCUCCAAGGGAAAUGGCUUGGUGGCCGACAUCCAUCUUCACUGUGUCCACCGGGGUUGCCGGGCCUCGCCAGCACCGGCCAAGGUCUUUUUGCAAGGACCCCUGGAGUUUACAUUUCCACAUUUGCCAAAGAUGAUGGCUGUGCUUGCCCUUCCUGGCCCCUCCGUGUGGCAGCUGUUGUGGUCACCUUCGUACGCUUGAAUUGUGCUUCUUUCCACGCAUGCCAUCGUUCCCGGGACACGGGGAGGGGGGUGGAGGAAAGUCUUCAGCGAUUCUCUUUCGUCACGUCACACCAGUGGAUGCGCCACACUCGGUUUUGUGUCAGGGCUGGGGAGGCUGAUGGCAGUUGGCUGGGGUGCCAUCUGGGGCUCCUCCAACACCACCUUCUUGAGGGGCCACUUUCAGAGUUGGGCAAGGAAAGCCCACUUUACUGGCCAUAGUCGCCCAAGCAAUUCCACUUUUCCAGUCGGUCCAUGGGAGCAAGGGUGCCCCUGAGCAAGAGCCUAAGGCCUUUGCUGCUGACCCCCUGCCCAACCGGCCCUUCCCCCCACACCUCUGGCAUUGGCCCCACUGACAUCCGCCCUUCUUCUUCGAGUGGCCAGAGCCCUUGGCGGUUUUUUGAAUGAAACCUUUUUUCACCGGUCCCUGAAACUCCCUGGUGGCAUUUCGGCAGACCAAUAAUUCCAAAUCCAGUUUUCUUUCGUGAUCUAAACUUUCUAAAGUUUAAGCUGAAGCAUUCCCUGUGAGGCAGAGGGCUCCUUCCCCAGACACACCUCAUGUUGCUGUGAAAGGCCCUUUGAAGAGAAAGCAGGAAGCCCUCUGGAGGCUGCAAUUGGUGCUGUCCUUCCUGCCUGCACAGCAGAUUGGGCCCUGUGGGGCCAGCUUGCCUGCCCUUGUGCCCCUCUCCCCGCCUCCUGCUCCCUCGGCAUCUUUGCCUCAUUGAUCCAGUCUGCUGGAAAGUGUGAUAAAAAUGUAUAUACCUUGGAAAGAAGAUACCUAUUUAAAGAGUAAUAUAUACCUUAAUUUAUUUCUCACCUGUAUUGCGCAAAUGCACUUUGAAAUCUGUAUGUAGAGCCUGGAGCUUUCUGGGAGAGCCCCUCAGCCACUGUGGGCCGCUCUGGUGUGGAGGGGCUGCCCAGGAUGUGCCAGCUGACUGCCCAGGGGCAGAGACCAAUCCCCCCACCCCAGUGGUGUUUGAUCAGCUCCUACAAUCAGAGCUGCUGGGGAAGCUGCUUUGUCACCACUGACACUUGGGGGCAUGUUCCUUUCUUGGCCGAGACAGCAGUAGGCACACCUUGGCCUUCACAGUCUGGUUUCCAGCUGAGGGUUGGCACGGCUACUGUUGGCCUUGGGGGGCAGCUGCAGGGGCAGAUUGCUUCUACACCGGCAGCCAGUGGGGCCAGGUCUUCCCCAUGUUGGGGGUGUGUGCACAGUUGGUCAGGGCCCCUCUGCUGGGAGCUGGUUGUCAUUGUGUCUCCAUCUGCAACAGUGAUUUUACUACAUGAGUACAAGGAGUAGAGACAUUGGCAUCUCCCUUUCUGCUGCAAAUGAACCAACCAGCUCGGUUCUUGGUGCGGAGCAGUCAGUCUCUUUGGCUGACAGGCAGGGUGAGGAGUAAUGCCCAAGGAAAGCAGCAGAGUUGGGAUUUGCCAAGCAGAUGGAAAAGAGAUGCCACCAUGGAGGAUUUUCCUGCGGUUGCCUAGAGGCCCAGAAUGAUGGGCAGCUGCCCACAAAGGAAGCGGGAGCAGGAGAAAACCUAGAGUCACCACCCAGUGGAGUCUCUGCCCCCCUGAAGAUGGGGCAAUGGGCCAACUGCACCCCCUCCCCCAGCUUGGAGUUCCUCUCCAGCCGUGCAUCCUUUGGCUACUGUGUCACUUGGGCAUUACUCACUGCAGCCUAGCAAAAGGGGGAGUGGGUGCUUUCAGAUGUCCAUUUAUCCUCCUCUGCAUUUCGGCUGCUCUUCCCCUACAGCCCGAUAGGGGGAAGAGAGAUGGGAGCCACUUCCAGUAUCCAGGAUGGAAGUGGGAAAAAAUAAGUAAAUGUGAAAUACUGUUCUUAAAGUUGACGGGAAAGAUCCUGGAGUGUGGUUCCAAAUUUCAGACAUCACGGUUGCAAAAUAAAUCUCAACAUGGAU